AAGAAGCGUUUGUAAGUCAGUCAGUCAACUCUUUAGGGUCCAGUCAACGACACCCAUUCUCCGUUUUUUUGCAGUUUUCCACAAGCUCACAGUAUCCAACAAACGCCACAAAAUUCCUUCUCUCUGGUUUCCCUCCUUCCUCCUCCCCUGCUCUGCUCUGCUAUUCUCUUCUUCUCUACAAAGGAUGAGGUAGAGCUCAGCAAACUACGUUUGGACUCCGAAACUUGAAUCUGGAAAACAAAAUCAAGCACAUCUGAGCAAGUGAUUGACCUGCUAAGAUGAGCAGGUAUGUUCGUGGGUCUUCUCUUCUCCUUUUCUUUUUCUCUUACUUGCCUGUGGUGUUGUCUCUACUCCCUCAAAACCAGAUGAAAAUCAUGGCCAAUCUCAACAACACUCUUUUUAAGGAAGCAAACCCAAAUCCUUGUUCAUGGCAACGAGUCACUUGCGACAAGAACAAUAGCACCGUAAUCAGUAUUUCGCUCUCUGGUUUGGGUCUCUCUACUUCUGAUAUUCUGAAUAGUACAUGUCAGAUUGAUUCACUACAGUCUCUUGAUGUUUCCAGCAAUUCUCUAAGCUCUAUCCCUGAAGAGUUUCUCAAAAAUUGUGGAAAGCUUAAUGGCUUAAGGGCCUUGAACUUCAGCCAUAAUUUGUUGUCUGAUGUUUUGCCUACCUUUGUUGGUUUUGCUGGGUUGCAGUCCUUGGAUUUGUCCUAUAAUUCAUUGCGCGGAAGUAUUAGUUCUCAACUAGAAAGGUUGGUUGGACUUAGAAGCUUGAACCUGAGCAGAAACAAUUUUGCUGGUUUUGUUCCUACCAACCUUGGUAACUCAACGGUUUUGGAAGAACUGGAGCUCUCAAUCAAUGUGUUUAGUGGUCCAAUCCCUGAAGAACUCAUGGUUUACAAAAACCUUAUUUUACUUGAUCUCAGCGGAAAUAAUCUUUCAGGGCCUAUUACAGAAAGGAUAGGGGAGCUUUCGAAGUUGGAGACCCUCCUUUUGUCCUCUAAUUAUCUAGCUGGAGAAAUCCCUGAGAAUCUUUCUACAAUUCAGACUCUGCGGUGGCUCAGUGCAAACCAAAACAAAUUUUCAGGUAAAAUUCCUCGUGGAGUUUCAAGCUAUGUGAAGAUUUUGGACCUGAGUUUCAAUAUGUUAAAUGGGUCAAUUCCGUCAGACUUUUUCUCACCUCCAAAUUUGCAGUCUGUCGAUCUGUCUAACAAUUUACUAGAAGGGACAAUUCCAACGAACAUUUCCCAGAGUAUAAUCCGUCUGCGACUCGGAAGCAACUUACUUAAUGGGACCAUCCCUGCCAUACCCAAUGGAACGUUUAUGAAGUUGACCUAUCUUGAGCUCGAUAGUAACAGAUUAAGCGGGGAGAUACCCCCAGAACUGGGAGGCUGCAAGAGUUUAGCACUAUUGAAUCUCGCCCAAAAUCAGCUGACGGGUCCAUUGCCAAAAGAGUUGGGUAAUCUUUCCCAUCUUCAAGUUUUGAAGCUACAGUCUAACAAGCUGGUUGGAGAAAUUCCUGAUCAACUUUCCCAGUUACGGAACUUGUUGACAUUAAAUAUCAGCCAAAAUUCACUUACUGGUUCAAUCCCAUCAACAAUAUCCAGCUUAACGAAUCUUACAAAUCUCAAUCUGAACAACAACAAGCUCAGUGGUUCGUUACCUGAUUCAAUUGCCAACUUGAAUUCACUGUUAGAACUCCAGUUAGGGGCCAAUGAACUGAGUGGAAAUAUUCCAAAGAUGCCAAGUAGCUUGCAGAUAACACUCAACCUCAGCAGAAACCUCUUUGAAGGAACUAUCCCAGACACUCUCGCUGAACUGUCUAGUUUGGAGGUUUUAGAUCUGUCAAAUAACAAAUUUACUGGUAACAUCCCAGGCUCUCUGACCAGAAUGUUUAGCCUAACAACGCUGUUGCUUUCCAAUAAUCAGCUAUCUGGAAGUGUUCCAAAGUUUCGGCAACAGAACAUGAUUCUCGAGACAGAUGGAAAUAAGGGUCUAAUAUUUGAUACUCCGGCAACCCCAAAACCUACCAAGAAAAGUAAUUCACGGGUGGUGGUAGCUGUUAUUGCAGUUGUCUGUGCAGUACUCGCUGUUGGGGUUAUUGGGGUCAUUUUUGUUCUGGUUUCAAGGCGCUAUCACAGGAUCAAUGAUGAGAUCCCACAACUAGAAGAACAUUUUCCUUUUCCUCGGGUUAUUGACUAUUGUAUGAUUACUGGAAGCAGCAUUCACAGAUCAAAUAUCGACUUCAAUUUAGCCAUGGAAGCAGUUGUUAAUCCAGCCAAUAUCAUACUGAAGAGUAGGUUCUCUACCUACUACAAGGCUGUCAUGCCCAGUGAUACAACUUAUUACAUCAAGAAGCUUAAUUGGAGUGAUAAGAUAUUCCAACUAGGGAGCCAUGAGAAAUUCAGAGAAGAGCUAGAGAUUCUAGGAAGGCUGAACAAUUCAAAUAUCAUGAUUCCUCUAGCCUAUGUCUUGACUGAUGAGAGUGCUUAUCUGUUCUAUGAAUAUGCCCAGAUGGGAACCGUCUUUGAUGUUCUCCAUGGAAAUUUGGGAAGUACUUUGGAUUGGGAAAGCCGUUAUAGUAUUGCUGUUGGUGUAGCUCAGGGUCUGGCAUUUCUCCAUGGUUGCACCAGUGGCCCAAUUUUCCUCCUUGACCUUUCAACCAAAAGUAUCCUACUGAAAUCCCUGAAGGAGCCCCUAGUUGGGGAUAUUGAACUUUGUAAGGUAAUUGAUCCUACAAAGAGCACUGGAAGCCUUUCAACUAUUGCUGGUUCUGUUGGGUUCAUUCCUCCAGAGUAUGCUUACACAAUGAGGGUGACAAUGCCUGGGAACGUCUACAGCUUUGGUGUUGUACUUCUGGAAUUGCUGACUGGUAAACCGGCAGUCACCGAAGGAACUGAGUUGGCUAAGUGGGUAAUGAGUAAUUCAGCACAACGUGAGAAAUGGGAUAAGAUCCUUGAUCCUAGUAUCAGUAAAAUAUCAGUUGGAGUUCGAAAUCAGAUGCUAUCAGUUCUGAAGGUUGCUUUAGGUUGUGUCAGUGUCUCUCCAGAAGCAAGGCCAAAGAUGAAGAAUGUGCUAAAGAUGCUGCUUAAUGCAAGAUAAGCACUCUCAAAGGCAUUUAUAUAAUAUAAAAGUUUGAAGAAGGCUCAUACAUAUUAAAUCCAAUUUGUGGUUGUGUGUGUGUGUGUGUUUUCCUUUCAUGAGAAGAAAUUUGUUAGUUUUGUGCUUAUGUAUCUGUAAGAAUGGAUAAACAAUUUUCUGUUCUAUACAUAAUACAUACACCAAGCUUGGUUUCAGCUGUGAUC